GGCUUGGUCACAGAUCAUCCGUUGCGUUUGUGUCGAGUGCGUUAACUUCAGUUGUAGUGCGUGUGAGCAUGUGAUUGUGUUGUAUUACGCAGGUCUGUACAUUGGUUCACAAGGGCGAAUCAGUGUGUAGGCUGAAAUCUGAAAAGGUUUCCGAGAUUUGUGCCUUCUCUGUUACUUAUCCGUCGUAUUGUUUCAUUCCGAGGCCGUUGACGGUUGGAUGAAGGGGCCUACACUCAGUUAGGAUCGCUAGGGAUGUGAUUGCAAGAGCAUAUUGACCGCGCCCGGGUGUGCACUACGCUGUCCGACCGUCAUGUACAGCUGAACGCCGAUCAAGUGACAUGCAGAACUCAAGUAGUACGCCGUCCGUGGCGUCGAGUAACGGGACCUGCGUUGGCACCGCAAUUUCGGCCGCUGCGACUCCAGGAUCCUACAUGUACACCAGCAGCUCCGGUCUGCUGCGCUCGUCCAUGACCGACAAGGCGCUGGCCAGAGCCGUGCCUCCGCCCACACUGCCAAAGUACUCCGGUGCCUCGUCGUCCUUCAGACUGGCGAGUCUCGACAGAUUAGCCCAUCGCCAGAGGCAGUUCGACCAGCAGCAAGGGAGCGGUGUCCCCGUGCCGCAGCAGGCAAACGGCGAUGUCAGUCCGUCCCAGCAGCAGUCGGCGCUGCAAAGUAAGCGUGAGCUGUUUUUCAAGAAUGAGCUCCCACCACCCACGUCAGCAGCAGCAGCAGUAGCAGCAGCAGCUGGUGCUGCCGCCACCACCACCACCACCACCACCGCUGGUCUGAAGGAGGCCCUGGCGAAACGUGUAGCCGAGAACCACACAGGUGGCUCUGAUGUGCCGGAUAAUAAGGAACGCUAUAACAAAGCCGAGAGAGACAAAGUUCCUGAGAGGCGCACGAAGGAACUUGACGGCUAUGUCGGGUUCGCCGAUCUCCCCAACCAGGUGUACAGGAAGGCCGUCAAAAGAGGAUUUGACUUCACGCUUAUGGUGGUUGGAAAAUCUGGUCUUGGGAAGUCAACACUCAUGAACUCCAUGUUCCUGGCUGACAUCUACUCGACUGAAUAUCCCGGUCCAUCACAUCGGAUAAAGAAAACUGUUCAAGUUGAGACUACGAAGGUGCUGCUCAAGGAGAAUGGCGUGAAUCUAACUCUGACCGUAGUGGACACGCCUGGCUUUGGCGAUGCUGUCGACAAUAGCAAUUGUUGGCUGCCUGUAAUAGACUAUAUUGAGUCAAAAUAUGAGGAGUACCUGAAUGCGGAGUCACGUGUCAACCGUCGCACGCUGGCUGACAGCAGAGUUCAUUGUUGUCUGUACUUCAUAGCUUCGUCAGGUCACGGCCUCACGCCCCUUGAUGUGGAAUUUAUGCAGAGGCUGCAUGAUAAAGUUAAUGUCAUUCCUAUCAUUGCCAAGGCUGACACCAUGACACCAGAUGAAUGCAGUCACUUCAAGAAACAGAUUCUGAAUGAAAUCUCUCAGCACAAGAUUAAAAUUUACGAGUUUCCUGACACGGAGGAUGAUGAACAAGCAAAGCUACACAAAAUAUUACAAGAUCGUGUGCCAUUUGCUGUAGUUGGCUCCAAUACAGUUAUAGAGGUUGACAGCAAGAAGAUUCGUGGUAGAAAGUAUCCGUGGGGCAUUGCAGAAGUGGAGAAUCUGGAACACUGCGACUUCAUUGCGUUACGUAACAUGCUGAUACGCACGCACCUGCAGGACCUGAAAGAUGUCACAAACAACGUACACUAUGAGAACUACAGGUGUCGCAAGCUGGCAGGGUUGGGCACUGAUGGCAAGCCAACACGCAUAUCCAAUAAUGUAUGCCCUCAAGGAGUGAUGAACAGUUUCAUGACCGUAUGGAAUCCACUGGCUCAAAUGGAAGAGGAGAAGCGUGAUCAUGAAGUGAAGAUGAAGAAAAUGGAGUCAGAAAUGGAACAGGUCUUUGAAAUGAAGGUUCGGGAGAAGAAGCAGAAGCUCCGGGAUUCAGAAGCAGAUCUACAGCGCCGGCAUGAACAAAUGAAGAAAGCUCUGGAACAACAAAUCAGUGAAUUAGAAGAAAGGAGACAAUCUUAUGAGAAAGAGAAACAGGCGUGGGAACAGAGUAACAAUGUCACGCUGGAAGAGUUACGCAGGAGAAGUCUCGAGGCAAAUUCCAAAGACUGUAAAAUACAUUUUGCCAGGAGCAAUUCCAUGAGCUCAGAUGAUGCAGGGAAUUCCUGUGGUGAAACGUCGUCCUCUUUGGAUUCUGACAAGAUAGCAGAGAGCUUAUUCUAGCAGGGGCAGGAAAAGAGGGGAAAAGCACCAAAUAGAGACACGCGUAUGAGGCUAUAUGACUUGUAAAAUUGAGAACCAGAACACAACAUAGUUCGUAAACUUUGAACUGCUAAAGUCUGGGUUUAUUGUUUUCUUGUUUCAUUUACGUUUUGUUGGAAAACUAUCCUGAGCAGUGUAUUUAUUCAUGUUUAAAAAAUGGAGAUAAUUACUCUGAUUGAAAUUCUUUUAACAGAGGUAAAGUUCAGUUAUUAGAGAUUAUGUUGUCUUUAUGAAGAAUGUUGGAAUAGAAGAUUAUAUAUUGUUAAAAAAAGAUUGGUUAUGUAGGUAUUUGAGAAAAAAAAUGUAGAUAGUAAUUUUGUCUGUUCUCAUACAGUCAGUCUUGCAAAUUAUAAUUUUCCCAUGAUUUUGGUGCAGUAACUUAUGUAAAAAUUGCUAAAAACAGGUGGUGAAUUUAAAGCAGCUAUUUUGCCGUAGAGUGGGAUCAUCAGUUUUGUGUUGAGUUUGAUUGCUUUAUGUCUAUCUUAUUCUUCAUUGAGUUCAUAAAAGUAGAUUAUUGUUUAUUUAUGGUUUAUUUAAUGACACUGCAACUGUAGUGUUGAUGCCUACAAUCUGUGGGAGUUAAGGGUGCAUCUGUUAUCUAGUAUCUGUACCGAUCUCUUCAGACAAGUUGUCAAUAUUCAGUUGAAUGUGUCACAGAUGUGACACCUUAUGUAUAUAGAGGUAUUACAUUCUGAUCCCUGUGUGUUCACAUGCAUGCAUCUGGCAAGCUACCCACUCUAAUUUGUACUUAGAACAUGUAUUUAAAUUAUUUAUUGUGUUUUUUGUGUUAGAAUAUUAUGUAAAUUCAUUACCUUAAGCCAUAUUAAACAUUCCAUCACAUAUUU